CGGUGCUCCUGUGUCACGUGACAGAGGUGAUGGUUACUUUGCGGCUGGUGAUGUGACAAGGUUAGCCUGCAGCCACUAGCAGUGGUUAGCGAGUUUGUUGACUUUUACAUUUAUUCGUUCUAUCUCAGAAACAGAACGAUUGCCUGAAAAUGGAUAACAGCGGAAAAGAAAAGGAAGCAAAUGCUUUGAUGGCCGAGGCUGAAAAGAAAAUGAAAUCGUCUCAGUCGUUUUUUGGAGCGUUGUUUGGUGGCUCCUCAAAGCUGGAAGAAGCCUGUGACAUGUUGGUGAGGGCAGCCAACAUGUACAAAAUGGCCAAGAAUUGGUGUGCUGCAGGAAAUGCAUUCUCCCAAGCUGCUCACCUUCACCUGCAGAUGCAAAGCAAACACGAUGCAGCAACCAACUUCAUAGAUGCUGGAAAUGCCUUCAAAAAAGCAGAUCCACAAGAGGCAAUUAACUGCCUAAAUCGAGCUAUUGAGAUUUACACGGAUAUGGGACGUUUCACCAUUGCAGCCAAACACCAUAUCAGCAUUGCUGAAAUAUAUGAAACAGAGCUUGUGGACGUUGACAAGGCCAUUGCUCAUUAUGAACAGGCAGCAGAUUACUACAGAGGUGAAGAAUCCACCAGUUCAGCAAACAAGUGCCUUCUGAAAGUAGCAACCUACGCAGCUCAGCUGGAGCAGUACCAAAAAGCUAUUGAGAUCUACGAACAGGUUGGAACCCAUGCGAUGGACAGUACGCUCCUGAAAUACAGUGCCAAGGAUCACUUUUUCAAAGCUGCGCUUUGUCACUUUUGCGUAGACCAUCUUAAUGCAAAACUUGCUGUGCAGAAGUAUGAAGAAAUGUUUCCCGCCUUUUCAGACUCGAGAGAGUGCAAGCUGUUGAAGAAACUUCUAGAUGCCUGGGAAGAGCAGAAUGUGGAUGCCUAUACUGAUGCAGUGAAGGAAUUUGACACCAUUUCUCGGUUGGACCAGUGGCUCACCACCAUGCUUCUCCGUAUCAAGAAAACCAUACAGGAUGAAGAGAGCGACCUUCGCUGACUUGCCUCUCCUGCUUAAGUCCUAAACAAAUGACUUGCAUCCUUCUUUUUUGCCUUGAGCCUCUCACUUCCAUUUAGCGGCAUUGUUAAUUGUUUGACCAUUACCCCUUGUAUUCACAGAUACCAUUUCUUUCCUGCAGUAUUCUCUCAAAUUCUAUCCGCUCAAUACAGUGCUCCAAAAAUGAUGGUCCUUUUAGGUAUGAACACUACCUUUCUGAGUGCAGGCUUCACACAGUAUGUAAAUUGUAUAUUAUUAUGAAUCAGGUAUUGGCCCAGUAAUAGUUCAGUUAUUCAUAAUUGGGCUGCAAUACCAAAAACUCAUACCAGCACAAUUGUAAAAUAAAGGGUUUUGUUUUUAUCUUCAUUUCAAUGAGAACAGAUGAGAGGACGCAAACUCACUAACACUUCAAGCAACUACAUAUAUAUAUUUCUAAAAUGUGCUUUAGAAUAAACUAACCAAAAUGCCAAUAUUGAUAAAGGCACUCAAAUUUGCUUUGGUGAUUUUGACUGCAUAUGUGUACUGUUUUGUCAAAGGAGGGCGCCUCUAAUUAAACAGUGCUUGAUCUCAGCUGCAGAGGCCAAGAGUGUCUGUCUGAGGUUUUUCCAUUGAAUAUAUAACCCCUCUGCCUUAUGAUGCAAAUUUCUCAGGAUUUGGACUUGAUUUGAUGAAGAUUUAUAAAACAUGCUUUUAUAAGCACAAGUAAUUAAUUUGCUAAUUGUUGUCAUCACUUCCAUUAAAAGUGCUUUUAUUCUAUUAAAGAAGGUGAUAGAUGCCCUUCACCUCUGUGAACAUUUGCAUGGUUUGGAAUACAUGAGAAAUGUAAAACACCUGUUUUCCAUCUGUGUAAGAGUGUGUGUGUGUGUUUUGUUUUUUUCCCUUCUUAAUCGUUGAUUUGUGUUUUCCUGUCUUAAGUAACCAGGCUGAAAAAAUAAAGUUUUUAACGCCUGCAGAGAUGCAAUACAUUAAUGAAAAAAAAGAGCUUUACUGAUCUGAACACUGUGCUUAUGUAUCCUGAUGAUUUUGUCAGUGAACAAUUGGUCUUAAAUAAUUUGUGAUGUUUCCUGUCAAACGUUUGAAUAAACCUGUCUCAAUAGC